UCUAUCAUCCCGAACUCUAACGAACGACGAGAAGCAGGCCCUGUCUCUGGGACUAAAAUUUGAUACAGGUACGGACAAUCGAUCACUGUCUGAGCAUCUCAUUAAAAACCAGAACUUCAAGGACUCUGAGAUACAGAAGGGGUUCAUCCAGGGGAUCGUCACUAGCUGUAAAGCUUUAGCGGAUCAUGAGCCCAGUGCUAUCCCUAGAAGAUUCAAGCAGGCAUUAGUCAAGUUGUCCAAAGAUGAUAACAUUGUGGUCACUUCUGCGGAUAAAGGAGGUGGAGUCAUUGUUAUGGACAAGUCAGAUUACGAUGCUAAAAUGCAAGACCUGCUCAGCGAUCCGGAAACGUAUAAGAAAAUAGUGACUGGAACGAUCAGAUGUCAAAGUGUCGAGUUCAACAAAAAGGCCCGCAAGAUACUCCGAAGCUCGGCAAAGGGAAAACAGCUACAACAUCUUCUCGAGGAAGCACCAGUGGCCCCGAGGAUGAGAGGACUGCCUAAAGUACACAAGCCCGGAAUCCCAAUGCGACCGAUUACAUCGGGUAUCGGAAGCGCUCCGCAUCGCCUGGCAAAGGUCCUAGCUAGACCGCUAACUCAGUUACUUGGAACGGUUAGUGAUUCUCAUUUAAAGAAUUCCGGUGAUUUGCUAAGUCGUCUAAGUGAGCUAGACUUGAGUGGCAAGAAAUUUGCUAGUUUUGACGUUAAGGCGCUAUUCACCAGUGUCCCUGUAGAAAAGGCGAUCAUUGCUAUUAAGAAGGCUAUUCAAAACAUCCCAGAUGAAAACUUCCCCGUCACUAAGAGUCACUUUAUUCAGCUUGUGCAACUGUGUUUAGACUUUCAGGUUUUCUCUUUCAACGGGGAAGAAUUUCAACAGAUACACGGUCUGGCCAUGGGGUCCCCAUUAAGCCCAGUGGCGGCAUGUCUAUACAUGGAGAUGAUGGAGACCGACCAUUAUUUUAACGUCAUGGGAGGUGAUGUUGUUUGGUAUAGGUAUGUUGAUGACAUCCUGUUAGUUGUGCCAGACAAUCUUGAUCUUAGUGAAAAGUUAGCUGAGCUGAACGCUGUGGAAAGGAGGAUCCAGUUUACAUUAGAAGAAGAAACUAACAAUACUUUACCUUUCUUAGAUGUCCAUAUUGAGAGGACGCCCAGCGGCAUCAGAUACAAAGUGUAUAGGAAAAUCACAAACAAAGAGGACUAUAUUCAUUUCUUUUCAGCUCAUAGCAGGAGAACGAAAUCGGGGGUAGUGAUUGGAUUCUUCCUCAGAGCGAUGAGAAUAUGUAGUCCCGAAAAUCUGAAGGAAGAAUGUGAUCAUAUCACUGACGUUUUUAGAGGUUUGAGGUACCCCAGGGCAUUUAUAAUUGAAUGCUAUAAUAAGGCAAAAAGGAUCAAGAAUAGGACGGGAAACGAAACAAACGGAAAGACAAAGAACGCUAUAGUUGUUGUACCCAGGUCACAGAAUUGUGAAGCAUUAUCAAAGAUGUUGAAGUGCUCCGAUAUUCAGAUUGUGGAAAAGGCUGGGGAGAAGAUUGGUCAGGUUGUAGCAAAAAAGAAAAAGUGUGACCGUAGUGAAACAAGUUUAGUGUAUAAAAUACCGUGCAAGGGGUGUACACAGCCUUAUUUCGGUGAAACGUCGAGAGGGCUUAAGAACAGGUUAAUGGAGCACAAGAGAGAUUUUAGGAACCACAAUAUUAACAAUGCAAUGGUGAAACAUGCCGAAAAGUGUGGUAGUUUACCUGAUUGGGAUCGCACUGAGAUCAUACGAGAUAGGUUAAGAAGGUCCGAUAGAAAAACGAUUGAAUCGUCCCUCAUUGAAUCUUGUUUGUGUGUAAAUUCCAAAGCUGGUGACAUACGAUUGGGAAAAAGUUUAGCCGUUCUUUUGGUGCGGAAGCGUCUUGGGAUCUCAAUCACAUGAGGUCAUAUGAAUGUAUUUGAAAUUAAUUUGCUCUGCUGUACGUGCUGUACCUAUUUCGUCUCCGUUUUGUAUUUUGUGUGUUUUAUUUAUAUAUUUGCACACUGAUGAAGUGAUAUCGAAACCGGUUUGUGCAAUAUAUAUGUGUUCACA